UAACAAAUCGCAGUCCAUGUGUAUUGUUUUGACAGAAAAGUCCACUUAGGAAGCUUCUUUUUCUACGAGUCUUAAGUCCAGCGAUUGGCUCUCAUCACAAACAUGUCGGGUACUGGUAUAUCAAGCCUCUUGAAGUACAGGUUUCAGCCUAAUGCAAAGACUCAAAAUAAACUGCAGCCAGCCGGCACUGACUCGUCCCAAAGUAGCAAGAACGCCUCAAGUCCGAGUACUUCCACGCCACGUCAAAAAGAUCCUUGCAGUAAAUCCUCCAGGAAUAUAUUCGAUGACUUAAAAACCUCAAUACCUGACGCGCCGGACGUCCAGCCAAGUCCUCUGAAGAAGAAGACCACGUUGGUGCAGGGGAGGAAGGGUCCUGUUCUCUCCGGUGAUGAGGAAGCAGGAGAGAGCGAUGGACCGUGGCUCUCGAAGGAAAUGGGGACCAAAUCAAAUGGAGUUGCCAAAACCAAUAAAACAAAGAAACGGAAGCGGCAGCCAGUGGUGGAAAGUGAGAGUGACCUCUCCUUUGAUGAAGACGAGGAGGACCCGUUUGCCAACAAUGAUUUGUUGAAUAACGGCUUCCCAAAUUGGAUCAAAGAUGAGGCCCACUUUAAGGAAAAUGUGUUGAAACUAAAGAACUGCUUCCCAGGAAAAGCUGAAGCCUUGAUUGAAAAAGCCAUAAAACGGAGCAGGAAUUUCUUUGAUGCUGAAAAUUACGUCAUCAAGAAAACAGACAUUGACCAUGGUAGCUCGCAGCAGGCCGCAUCUCAAGAAAGUGACGACUGUGUGAUUCGAUUUCCUGCUAAGAAGCGUGCCAGAGUUCUGGUCUCUGAUGACAGUUUUAACGCAGAUGCCUGUGAUGCGUUUGAUGAUGAUGAUGAUGAUGAUGAUGAUGAUGAUGGCCAGGGGAGUUCAAGCAACAAACCUGAUAAACAGACGAUUACAGCUCGGGUGGGCUUCCUACAGGAGGCGUUUCCAGAUCAUUCUCCAAAAAAAUUAGAAGAGGUGUUAGCAUCAUGUGAUUAUUCGGUGGAGGACGCCACAACGACACUCAGUACAUUCCAAGAUGAUGAUCUCCCAGAUAUAAAAAGAGCAAGGAGUCUACAGGAGAUGAAACAUCAUGAAAAGAAGAACAAAAAUCGACAAGGCAGAAGUAAUGCAGAUGGCGACAUGCUGAGUGACUGUGAUUUUGAAGUAGACGAAGAUGAGGACUUCGAUAGUGAGGAGAGCGACUUGGAGGAUGUUGUUGAGGAACACCCAGUGCGUCGACGAAUCCUGGCCUUCUUCAACGAUUCCACCCAGCAAGAGUGCUCUGCAGUACCUGGUUGCUCAAUCAAGAAAGUAGAUGUGAUAAUAGGUCUUCGUCCUUUUGAAAACUGGGCCGAUUUGGUUCAUAAGUUAGACAAGCACAAACUGCUGGCAAUCCAGUUGAUCGAGAAUUGCAAGACGAUGCUGGCAAUGCAGAAUGUCGUCACAAAAUUGAUGAGGAAAUGCGAGAAGAUUUCGAUGGACAUGGGCCACUUGGUCACCAGGCUGACGGCAGAGAACAACCUCAUUGAUGAUAACUUACUGCAGAUCAUGAGGCAGCCAAAAUCAUUGAAUCCAAAUUUCAACCUAAAGCCCUACCAAAUCAUCGGUCUAAACUGGCUCCUUGUGAUGCACAAACAUGACCUGAACGGUAUACUCGCCGACGAAAUGGGCCUCGGAAAAACUAUCCAGUCGAUCGCGUUUCUUGCUUACUUGAUGGAACAGGGUGAUCCAGGACCCCAUCUGAUCAUUGUGCCGUCCUCGACAAUCGAUAACUGGAAUCGUGAGAUACGGAUAUGGUGUCCCGAGAUGAAGGUUUUGAUGUAUUACGGCAGUCAGGAAGAGAGGCGGGAUAUGCGAUACCAGGUCCAGGCUUAUGAGGAAACUGAUUUUCAUGUGGUGCUAACAACUUACAACAUGGCAACAGGGUGCUACGAUGACAGAUCAUUCUUCAAGAAGAUCAAUUUCCAUUACUGCGUCAUCGACGAAGCUCACAUGCUGAAAAAUGCCACGUCACAGAGGUACCAGAGCAUGAUGAAAAUACGGGCGAAACGACGUCUGCUGCUGACAGGGACGCCCCUCCAGAACAAUCUCGUUGAGUUGAUGUCGCUGCUAGCCUUCGUCAUGCCCGAAAUGUUCGAAGGAAAAGGAGAUCUGUUGAAACGUACCUUCAAAAUUGUGGUGGGAGGAAAUGGAAACGAUCGAGGGAGUUAUGAGAAACAGAGAAUAAAUCAUGCGAAGAACAUCAUGAAGCCGUUUGUCUUGCGGAGACUCAAAUCUCAGGUGCUAAAACAACUUCCAAAGAAAAUCGACAUUGUCAAACGGUGUCCCUUGGCAUUUGAACAAAGAGAAGGUUACGAUGCGACAAUUGCAGAAUACAAGGCCUUUCAGGCCUUCAGGGAGGCAAAUCCUAAACAGUCGACCAAUGAAUAUCAAGGGGCAACCAUCUUGAUGAAGCUACGAAAGUGGGCGCAACAUUCGUUACUCCAACGGGUACAUUAUACGGAAGACAAGUUACGCGUCAUGUCAAGGCUUAUGCUGUCGGAUCCAGACCACGUGGCAGCUGACCCGCAGCUGAUAUUCGAGGAUAUGGGUGUCAUGUCCGACUUCGAACUGCACAAACUGUGCCUACAGUACCCUGCUUUGAGAAAUCUCCACCUCAGCGAUGACAUCAUCAGCGACUCAGGAAAAUUCCGAUUGCUUGAUGAACUUCUUCCAGAAUUGCAACAACAGGGGGCACGAAUACUCAUGUUCAGUCAGUUCGUGUUGGUUCUCGACAUCAUCGAAGACUACAUGAAGAUCCGUGGUCAUAAAUUCUGCCGUCUUGAUGGUUCAACACCAGUAGUGGAAAGACAAGCACUGAUCGACACAUUCAACAGUGAUGAGAGCAUUUUCAUCUUCCUGCUUUCAACGAAGGCAGGGGGGCUAGGGAUCAACUUGACUGCUGCCAACACGGUCAUCCUGCAUGACAUGGACUUUAACCCGUACAAUGACAAGCAGGCGGAGGACAGGUGUCAUAGGGUAGGACAAACAAAGGAUGUAACGGUGAUGCGACUAAUUUGUCAAAACACGGUCGAGGAGGGCAUUUAUAAUGUAGCACAGAGAAAGCUGCAACUUGAGGAAGAUGUUAUCGCAAAUGAUAGAGAGGAAGAUCUGGGGGAGCUAGACGUCGCUUCUAUCCUAAAAGAUGCGCUCAAUGUGGACCUAUAAUGCUAAGCAUUCUAGAUACCUUUGAACAAACUACAUGUAUCUGGAUCAAUGAAGAGCAUGUGCUUUUUUUGUGCUUGACAAUUUUGAUCUCCGACUUUUCUGAGAGGCACUCUAUGUGGACCAAUGAUGCUUCUUGUCUGAGGUGCAAUUGGAACUUGUGGUAACAGUAUGGGAGGUACAGUCCUACCAGAAAGUAAAUGUCCACCGUUUUUUUAAAUAUCAC